AUGUCAGAUUCCAACACAACCGAAUUCACAAACCCCUCUUCCUUCAUCCUGUUGGGCAUUUCUGGCCUGGAGGUGGCUCAUGUCUGGAUCUCCAUCCCUCUGUGCACCAUGUACACCAUAGCCAUCUUGGGGAACUUCACCAUCCUGUUCAUUGUGAAGAGGGAGUCGAGCCUCCAUGAGCCCAUGUACUAUUUCCUCUGCAUGCUGGCCAUCACCGAUCUGGUCCUGUGCACGUCCAUCCUGCCCAAAAUGCUGAGCAUCUUCUGGUUCAAUUCCAGGGAGAUCGAUUUCAGUGCCUGCCUCACCCAGAUGUACUUCAUUCACUGCUUUGCAGCAAUGGAAUCUGGGAUUUUCGUGGCCAUGGCUUUUGAUCGCUAUGUGGCCAUCUGCCAUCCCCUGAGACAUUCCACCAUCCUGACAAACAGCGUGGUGGUGAAGAUUGGCUUGGCCGUGAUGCUGCGUGGCUGCUUACUCGUACUGCCAUAUCCUUUGUUGGCGAGUCGGUGGCCAUAUUGCAAGACCAACAUCAUCCCCCACACGUACUGCAAGCACAUCUCUGUGGUGAAGCUGGCCUGCGCCGACGUCCGUGCCAGUAGUUACUACAGCCUCUCUGUGACAUUCUUUGUGCCCAGUAUGGAUGUGUUUUUUAUUGCUCUGUCCUAUAUCCAGAUCCUCAGGGCCAUCUUCAGCCUGCCCACAAAGGAUGCCCGGCUCAAGACAGUUGGGACCUGCAGCUCCCACCUCUGUUCCAUCUUAGUCUUUUACAUUCCAGAUCUCUUCUCCUCCAUCAUGCAGCGGAUUGAUAACACUAUGCCCCUGUAUUGCCUCAUUCUCAUGGCUAGUGUAUACCUCCUUGUGUCCCCUUUGGUACACCCCAUCAUCUACGGGGUGAGGACCAAACAGAUCCGGGACAGGUUGCUAUGGCUAUUUACUCAUAAAAGGACCUAA